GCUCUUAGUUACCUAGGUUUGGCAUAAUGAAUGGCGAUACAAACCGUUUUUAAGUAGACAGAGUUAUGCUUUUUUCUUGCCUAUUCGCUUUUCCUACUUGUUGUUAACAGUAGCUUAUCUACUGACAGAGAUCUACUUCGUCCCCCCCAGCUGAGUGCGGCUUCCGUCUUGUCUUCAGUCGUGAUUGAUGGAUCAUUAUGUCUACUCUUCUAGAGGUGGAUUAUCAGAUACAGCCGUAUCAAUUCCUAGAAGCCACGCCAAACUAAAACGAGAAAAGAAUGAUUUUUUAAAUGAAGAAAGCAAGUUAGCCACUCUCAAAAUCCCUCGGCAGUGUUCUCCGAACGAGGUUGGUCUUGCUGCUCACUCGGGUGCGAACGCUAUGAGUGUAUUGCCACGUCUCCUGCGAACCAUAGCCAAUACUAACAACCGUGAUACAAAUGGUGCCGUGUUAACCUCCACAGCCGCCUCUGGUCAUUUGCCCGUUAUCAACGGCAAUGCGGACAGUGACAUUCGUAUUGUUUGUACCCGCAGCGUCUCAGCAAAUGACACAGAUGCUUCCUCCUCCUCCUCCAUUGCACCGCUCAUCUCCACUCCUUCAUCCGUUCCCACGUCAUCUAUCAUCUCGUUUCUAACCCCCAGUCAGUUAGGUCCUGUGGCUGCGAUGGCGGCAGCAACCCUGUCUGUUCCUAGCACGACGACUACUCCUGUGCCCGAGAAUUCAGAACCUUCUGGUUUGGUUACCUUAGCUACCGCCAGCAGUAUGUUUGAAAAAGAAUGGCUUGCUCGUGCUGUGUCCGCCAAUGAAAGCAGCAAUGCGGCCCAUUCUACCGAUGCCUCAGACUCCACACUGGCACCGACUAAUUUGAUUACAUUGACAGUGGAACCGAAUGCAGUCGAAACCAAUCCAGAUGGAUCCCCACCGUUGGUAUUUCGAACUAUCUCUUCCUCAUCGCCACACACACAAACUAACGGGUCCACUCCGGUCACCCCGACUGUCAUCGACGUUCAGCGAACAUUGAGUUGUGGUCUGGCGGCAUUCUUUCGUGAAACUCAGAAGCAGCGUUCUGCAUCCUCAACGCCUCUCGAAUUGCCUCUUAAUUCGGCACUGUUUCCCGUGACUCCAGAUUCUGGUCUCGGGAGCUCAUGCACUGAAGAAAUUCGUGAUACUUCUCUUAACCAAUUAACUCCCAAUUCCGUUUCUACCCUCGUCACUCUUAAUCCGUGCCUGCAAGCCACGGCACCCAGUACUGGCCAGGCCACUGAAUCAACCGAAUCGACACCUCCCGCGGAAACUGGUGGCUGUGACACUGAGGGUCCGGAAUCCGUUUCAUCACCGCCCACUGCUUUCAUAUCACUUCAACCAGCUCCCGGCUCAAUUCUCAGUUCCUCUGAUUUACAACAACUCAUGGCGAGUAGCGAGUUUAUGACCUCGGCUGCGCGGCAAACCUUACUCGGUUCAUCUCCCGAUGGGACAACUCGACAGUUGUAUUUGUUAGUGCCAAGCGACUACCCGGUGAUAAUGUCGCGGGCCUCCACGAACCACACAUCAAGUAACUCGUAUCCAUCUCCUCCCAUGCUGGACUCUGCGAAUAGCUCAGCACCAAUAUUGGAGGCUAUUUCACCGGGGAUCGAACCGGACGAUAGUAACGCUCACUUGUCACGAGCGCCUCUUCCAGCCACAAAUUCUCAAUCGGUCACGGUAGCACUUCCACAGCUUGCUAGCGCAAUUCUCCCUCCCAUCAGUUCGACUGGCACAGCACUUUCCACCCUAAUUGCUGGAUUCGAGAUGCGAAACCAACCGUCACAGUCGAGGUAUCCAUUAACCGCUGUUGUAUCGAAUUCUCCAUCGCCGUGGUCCAACGCAACUACGACGGUUCAAUCCACCAAUUCUCCAAGGUUGCGACUUCCCACUCAUCUUUCGGGUGUUUCUUUGUCCGAUCAGACAGGUAUUUCGACCAACCACGCGACUACAUACCUGACUGCUUCUGGCAAUGGUAUCACCGAACUAUUGGGUGCUGUAAAGUCCGAUCCAGACAUGUACACUCCCAAUGGACAUCCUUAUCCUUCCCUGGUUGAAGAUGCGAACCGAUUCCGCUCCUACGCUGCCUAUGCUCAAGCAACCGGAACGCAUGAACUUCUUGUCGGUGCAGGUAGAACCAACACAUUAACCACCACUUCUGCAGCCAACAAUUCCGCUUUCUUUCAAUCAUCGGAAUUGUCCAGCUCAAUCGUUGUUCCCCCGUCCAGCCUCCUCACCCCCACCCCUAUCCGUAGUGGCGCCAAUAUGGUUGGCAAUGCUAAUUGUCCCGGCGGAAGCAAUAUCCACAGCGGUGGUAGCAAUAGUAGCAGUAGUGGUAGUGUCGUGGACUCUAUCGUCAACACGCAUUUACUCUCUUCUCCGAAUUUACCCCGAGUGAAUGCUGCCUUCAACCCGACUGGUAGUGCCAAUGGUGGUGGUGGGCUGUCUGUGUCCUCAGCUACCUCCGGUGCACCCAUGCUACCCGCCAACUCUAAAGUCGCCGGUGCUUCAUUGGAAGAAUGUCGUCGAAACAUGGCAAAUAGUCUCCUCAAUGCCAAUCGCAACGACCAGGGCCCUACCACGUAUUUGGAGCAUCUCAACCCCGAAUCGAAAGAUAUUCGCCGCAGAGUCAGUCAUAAUGAAGUUGAGCGAAGGCGCCGUGACCGGAUCAACACGUGGAUUAGCGAAUUGUACAAACUUCUUCCCCCGGAUGAACAGGCCAAAUCACAGUACCAAAGCAAGGGCAUCGUGCUGAAACGAGUGUGUGAAUACUUUCAAAACGUGGACAGUAUGCUGAAAGCUGCCAACGCGGCUGUCGAGCAAGCACGUGUCGAAAACAGCUUACUGGCACAACGCAACCGGGAAUUGCAACAGGAAAAUCAGCUACUUUCCGCUUCACUGCACUUAGGCGCGGCGGCCGCUGCUGCUCAUUUGAAAAAUCGCCAACCACGUGCUAACAGUUUGCACGCUCAUCUGGCCGAAGAAGUCACCGGGGCUGGUGACAGCAGAACAUCGUUGAAGGAGCCACCGGAAUCAACCGAAUAUCCAUCCACAUUGACCGUGUUCACUGUGAAUACGAAUACGGACUACGAUCAUGGACCCGGUUUUAACCAAACGAAUUCCACCUGCUUAGUCCCUACUCCUUCGUCUGCGGCCAAUUUCGUCACGUUGUCCACUUCAAACACCAAUCCGUCUAACAUGUUUGCAGUUCACGCGGUGUCCAACUCCACUUCGACCAUCUCGUCCACAGUGGUCAACCCUGUGACUCGGCCACUAACCUUGCCCAGCCUAGAUCUCGUGGCUAACCACACCGACAGUCGUCUUGAAUGAAUUUAGACUUCCGUUCCCCGGAUCCACGCAGUGAUUUUCGAAGGACUUCUAGGUUUCCUUCCUCUUUCCAGACGCACCCUUUCAACGUUCACUUCAUGCGCUGCCAUCAUAUAUUAUGGAUGCGCAGUUGGUUCCCGUUCGAGUGGCCACUAACUUUCACGAAACAAUAACACGUUGCACCAAGUAAAACUCAUCUUGUUUCUCCAUUCGCGGCCAAAUCUGUGCCACGGUCCAAUUUUCAUUGACUGCCUUGCUUACUUCUCUAUGCGUUCUUUCCACUUGUCUGUGUCACACGAAUCCCCCAUCUCCUCUCUGCUCUCCACCGUAGCAACUGUCCUCCUUGAUUUCGACCUGCUGAAUUUUCCACUCCCCCGUUCUCUCAUCUUCAUCCAUCACUUUGUGGACCAUCCAGGCACAGGUUGUCUGUUGAAGUUCAUGUUCUAUUUCUCCUCUUGUCGUGCACUCACUCUGAGUAAACACACCCACACAGACUAUGCCGGUCAGGCUUUCAAAUUUCGAGCUCACCUCGUCAUUUGUCAUACAUUAUUGUUUCCUGGUGAUUUCAUACAACCAUAGCUGUCUGUCUACCCAUUCAUCUACAACGGAUGCUUGUAUAACACCCUUGCCCCGCACCAAGUUCGUGCACGCGUCUGUGAUAGUAUGGUUUCGGUGCAUGUGCAGUAGACCACCCUUUGUGCUUCCAUCACCUCACUUUCAACCCCUACCCCGGCCCCCCCCGUACUCUGUGUUGUGUAGUCUGUUGCGUUCAGGCUUGUGACUGGUGGCACAGUCCAUCGUUCCAACUGGGCUUCGCGAUUCCCACUCAGUGGUGUGUUGUUCAUCCGCGCGCGUGUGCGUGUGUACAUGUGCCCUACGUUUAUAUUUGCACUUUUGCGCUCUUGUUUGUCCGAUUUAACUUCUUAUUUUCGUGCCAACGCGCCCACUCUCAUUCGACGUGCGUUGCUCCACCGAGCGGGAACAACAGCCACACGUCGCAGAUGUCACAAACUGCUGUGAAGUAAUCCUCCUUUUUCACUCCUUUCUGCUCAUUGCGUCUUUCAUCGAUUCGUUCCGCCGUCGUCGUCGUUUGCGCACACCGAGUGCACAGUUACGAAAGCAAGUGCUCACACGCACGCACACACACGCAUGUGGGCAUCGACUCGAACGGUUCCUAUUUGGCGCCCGUUUUGUUCUUCUUCCCCCACUCCACCUAACCAGUGCUCUAGUUUCUGCUCAUUCUUGUUCACCAUUUUACGCCGGUUUGUGUUCACCCAUUGCUGCUCACUUAGCUAUCUGUUUAUCUACUCCCGUCCAUCUUCCGCACACCCACUAUGGUCCAUUGUGCGAAGUUUUGUGUGUUAGGCUCUGUGCUCUCCAAUCUCGAGUGUUUCUACUCACUACAGUUUCCCUUUUCAUCCUAGGAAUUCGUUGAUUCUGCCUUCACCAGGCUCUGAUAAAACAGCUGCCCCUUGCCUCUUCUUGUUUCCUGUCAAACGCCCUUCGUUUUAUCUCGCGCUAGCGUUCUUAUGUAACUCUUCUAACUGGAUCUUUCGGUAUGCUAGGUUUUGUAUACUUCUCUCUCUCUCUCUCUCUCUCUCUCUCUAAUCUCUUCUACCAUAAACAUCGACUUUAUCGUUGCAUGCCGUCGCUACACAUCCCACGCAGACUUACACGUGGUUUCUUGCCUUUGGACUCACUCCACUUCGUAGCUUGCUCCACCCUCACUUCACAUCACCGUCAUUAUAAUGAAUUCCAACCACAUGGGACUGCGAUGCUCCCAGGAACAUCAAGUCGUCGUCGGCUCGCACGCGUCCUUCUCGUUUCUGUGGAUAUGCUGAAGGUCUCUUGAUUUAAGCACAGCCGAGACACAACUACGAUGCACCUGCUAGCCGUCGAUUACCGUCUUUCUCCAUCGCAAGAUUCUGGUAUAUGUGUGUUCGCUUUCUGAAAGGGAACCAAAUCCCUUUUCUCAGUUGCUUCACCCUCUUUCUCUUUCUCCACCUGCUCCCAUUUCCUUGUGAUGGCUGCAUUUUGCUAAGCUGUUUUUCCACAUGAACUGUUAGGAUUAAGUGGCCUGUUCUUUUCUCCAAGUGAAUUCAAUGCGUUCGUCUGUUGU